ACUUUUUCACACCAGAAUUUUAAGGUGUGAGUCGUCCCAAGUACAAAAAACAGAAUCUGCAAAUAAGAGUGAAUGACGAAUAGAAAGACGACCUCAACCUGUCCACUUCCCUACGGCCGCAGAGAUUAUGAUUCAAGGAAUAACGAGACUCUAAAUCCUUUAAAAUUCUACAAGAGCAGCCUUGGCCAAACCCAGCGGGGAGUGGCUGCUCGGUGCCAGGGCGAGGAGCACGUAGACUGCCGAUGCCAGAGAAGCCCGGUGCGGGCUCCGUGCUUUCUCUCCGUUCCAGGAAGACCCAAGCUCGUCGCCAAAACUUCUCGCCGCUUCCCGGUCUGCGCGCCCAAGCUGCCAGUUUCCCGAAAAACGCCACAGCGCCCUGGGAAAAAGCAGAUGCCCCUCAUGGGUUUGCGCCUUGCAGCUCAACUAUGCCCCAGCCUCCCACAAGCCACCUGUCCUCCGCCAGGCGUCCCGCCCGGAUCUGCCCCCGCCGUAGCCGCCAAGGCGCACGUGAAGCUCCCGGGCGGAGCGAGCGCAAGAAGGCGGGAGUUUGCGGACGCGAACCCAGGCCUGGGAAGCGAAGCGAUUCCGGGGCGCACGCGCAGAGCCAGGGAACUGGAGGGGCGUGCCUCCCGUAGGGGUUACGGAGCAAGAGGAGAGCGCGUGGCGCUCAGGAGCCGGCGCACGCGCUGUGGUCUCGCCCCGCCCAAGAGCGUCCGAGCGGCCGCCGUAGCAUCUUCUCUUCAGACCCGCCCCCCUCGUCUACUUAACCUAGCGGAGGCUUGCAGCUAGAGCAGGGAAGUGUGGGGCGAGGUGGGCGGGGCGUCGCACGCGUGCGCGGCCAGCGAAAGAAGGGAGGCGGCGGGAGAGAUCCGAGACAACGUUACCCCGUCAACACCCAAUCAGGAGCGGCCCUGACCCCGCCCCCUCUCCUCACGUUAUUGGCUGGGAGGCCCCCAGAUGGGCGGGGCCGGCCGUGGGGUUGGGGGGGGCAGGGGGCGGGGAGGAGGAGGAAGGCGCUGGCGGGCAGUGAUGGCGGCGGGUGAUGGGGACGUGAAGCUAGGCACCCUGGGGAGUGGCAGCGAGAGCAGCAGCGACGGCGGCAGCGAGAGUCCGGGCGGCGCGGGAGCGGCAGCGGAAGGGGGCGGCUGGGCGGCGGCGGCGUUGGCGCUUCUGACGGGGGGCGGGGAGAUGCUGCUGAACGUGGCGCUGGUGGCGCUGGUGCUGCUGGGGGCCUACCGGCUGUGGGUGCGCUGGGGGCGGCGGGGUCUGGGGACUGGGGCCGGGGCGGGCGAGGAGAGCCCCGCUGCCUCUCUGCCUCGCAUGAAGAAGCGGGACUUCAGUUUGGAGCAGCUGCGCCAGUACGACGGGUCCCGCAACCCGCGCAUCCUGCUCGCGGUUAAUGGGAAAGUCUUCGACGUGACCAAAGGCAGCAAGUUCUACGGCCCGGCGGGUCCAUAUGGAAUAUUUGCUGGUAGGGAUGCCUCCAGAGGACUGGCCACAUUUUGCCUAGAUAAAGAUGCACUUAGAGAUGAAUAUGAUGAUCUCUCAGAUUUGAAUGCAGUACAAAUGGAGAGUGUUCGAGAAUGGGAAAUGCAGUUUAAAGAAAAAUAUGAUUAUGUAGGCAGACUCCUAAAACCAGGAGAAGAACCAUCAGAAUAUACAGAUGAAGAAGAUACCAAGGAUCACAAUAAACAGGAUUGAACUUUGUAAACAACCAAAGUCAGGGGCCUUCAGAGCUGCAAUUCUUACUCCCUUUCACAGAAUGUCCAGCGUCUGGGUUUGAUUCACCUGCUGCGAAAAACAUUCAACAAAUUGUGUACAAGAUAAAUGAAUAUCACUAUGAAGAUUUGAUUACUAGACAUUAUUUAUGCUGCCAAACUCAUUUGUUGCAGUUGUUUGUAAUGUCUAGUGGGGCUUCAUCAUCCUGAAAAGAAGGAGACAGGGAUUUCUUUAAAGAGCAAGAAAGUCACAAUAUUACUUCUUUUCUUUCCUUCCUCAUUUCCUUCUUUCCUUUCUUCUUUUUCUUUCUUUUUAAAAUGUAUCGAAGACAACCAGAUAUGUAUUUGCUACUCAAGUGUACAUAUCUCCUCAAGAAACGUCAAGGGACUCCUCUGUCACAUAGUGUCUUUUUAUUUUACCAUUGGUGAGGGAGGCGACCUGAUCAGGGGAGGUGGGGGUACACAUCAAUUUGAGUAGUUUAGGCUACUGGAACAUUAAAAUGUGAAUUCCCAAACUUUUGUUUUUGGCUUUGUCAGGGAAAAAAAAAAUAUCUUUAUAAAUCUUUGGAAAUUAGAAGAAGAAAUUUCAGGUGGGUUUAAGUCAGAGCUAGUUCCCCAACAGAAAGAUCAUUUGAAACCAGUUUUUAUCCCUUCUCUUUCCUUCCCUUUCCCUAAAUCAAAUCAAUAUUAAUUGUGCCUUAUUUCACUUAACAUAGACUUGAAUUAUUUUUAGGGAAAGCCCCUAUAAUGAAUUCAGAAGUCACUACAAGCAGCAUUAAGACUGAAGUUGGAAUAUUCUGUUGAACGUAAAACCUUGAUAUCAUUCUGUGUAUAUAGAAUGUAAAAGGAAUAUUCAGUGUUAACUGCCAUAUAUGUAAUAUACACAAACUCAAUUAGCAUUGUGAUGGCCAAAUGCAUUCCCCUGUGCUUUUCUGUUUUAAAAAAAAUUGAAAAAUCAAUUCUUAUCCCCAACAGCUGCCUAAUUUUAGGAGUCUGACCCUCCACAUCUCACUGGUGUGGGUGCAUGGGGCUGUGGAGUGGAUAUCUGUAUGGGUGUGUCUGAAUGUGUGUGUGAGCGCCUUGGAAGGGACUCUUUCUGCAGAUACUGUAAAUACAAGUACCAUUUUAAUAAAGCAUGUACAAUAAACCAAAAUAAGCUUGAGUUGGACUUUAUAUACAGAACUGUAAGCCAGUGCAAUAUGAUAACAGUUGUAAGAUUGUGCAUUUGAUUCAAGGAAAAAUCUUGGAAAUGAAAAGCAGGCACUGGGUAACCAAGUUGUACACAUUGUACCACAUUCAGCAUAACUUUAGGAAUAAAUUCCACUUUGUAGAACAUUCUCCAGAAAUCUGAGAUUAUUCAGGUAAGAAUUAGUAUAUUAAAUGUACAUCUUUUUACUUUAUAUUUGAUGCCAACUGAUUAUACUAGAUGUAUUGAACACAAAGCAUUAAAAGAAUAUUGCACUGAUACUAAAUUAUUCUUUUAAUAGGCUGAAAAAGCCCUUACUAAAAGCCCCACAUAUUUCAAUUAUUUUAUUUCAUUAUGACUACUUAGGUUCUGGGCUGGGGACAAGUUCACUUAAAACAAUUUUAUUUAACAAGUCGCCAGUUAAAAGACUUCUGCUUUGUAGCUAUAUGCAGAAGCCAUCAAACAAAGGGGAACUUUUAACUGCAACACUAAGCUAAAGUAUGUAAAAUGCUACAUUCUACUCAGUCUUGGAGUGCUUUGUAGAAAGUCAUCUUCAGCCAAAUCUGCUGAAGACAGGUGUGGAGUGCUGGUAAAUGCUUUGUGUUUUUAUGUAAAAUAUUUCCUCAACAAAAAAAUGCUAAAAGUACAUGUCCUCUGUAGUAAACUGAUAUCUAUAUAUAUGAAUCAUUCGAGCCUAAAGUCUGGUAAUAAACUGUACUUAUGACUAGAGAAACCCUAAAUAUUCAUGCAGUAAAAGUUAUGUGGUCUGUUAAGAAAAAAUGAGUAAUUUAUGUUUUGGACUUGAAAUAAACAGUGUUCUGUAGAUAAUUCCUCAACUUCAGUUGAAUGUUUCUCAUUCUCAGGUAGUUUUUCAGGUAGUGUUUGAAUGAGGGGACCAGACAGUGCUGGUAUUGUUCCUGUCCCUGCCCCCCAUCCCUCCCCCCACACACUCUCCUGCUUAGCCCUAUUUUCCAAACUUGCCUGAUAAUUAGAAUUGCUUAAGGUACAGAUUCUUAGCCUUCAAUCCAGACCUACCACCUGCUAAGCCAGAAUCUAAAGAGAAUGGGCCUCAGAAUUUAUUUGUAAGGAAUGCCUCAGGUAAUUGUUAUGAACAGAAACACUUAGGAAACACUAAUUUUUCAAGUUAAUAUUGACCAUCUUUGUCAGGCACUUGAAAUGGCCUUACUCAGGUAAUUUUGAUCUGAUUCCCUUCAUUUGGUUUUGUGUCAUUCAGGAGACUUCACAAAAUUCUAAUGUAUGAUUUUAGAAAACAGCAAAUUUUGAUAGUCUUUAGAUUUUUAUCUUUGGGUAGCAUUUCCAAGUUGGCAUAUCUCCCACAUUAAAUCUAUACUCUGUGUACUAGCCAGUUUCUCUGCAUUAGAAAAUGAACCCGUAACAGUUACAGAUCAGGUUUUUAAAACCUUUACCAUGGUGCUAAGGCUGCUUGUGUUUCCUAACGGUAAUUCUACCUGCCUUUCUGCAGGUAGAUCUGUUUCUGCAGGUAGAUCUGCAGAAUCCAACAUUACACAUACCUUUACUCACAUUCUUGAAGCUAAUUUGCUGAAUUACUACUGGGAGAUAUUUUGUUCUGUAGAAAACUCGAUAUUGGAUCGGGCUGUACUUAUCCAAGUAUUUUACAUAACCUCUAUUGAUAACUGGGAAGUGCAGCAAGUUGCUGGUAAGAUGUGCCAUUAACAUGUUAACAGUGUGUAACUACAGAGCUUUUAUGGAUCAGAAUAAGCGGGUAAUACUGUAGCAAAGAAUUUGUAAAACUUGCAAGUUGCUUUGAGCAUAUUGAAAAUAAGAGUCAUGGAAUAUUGUAACAAUGAUAUUGAAUGAAUUGUUCAAAUUCUUCUAAUUAAAGUAGCAAAUGCUUAAAAGAUAA